AUGGUGCAGGUGAGACCUGGUGCAGUGCAGGUGAGACCUGGUGCAGGUGGGAACUGGUGCAGGUGGGGCCUGGUGCAGGUGGGGCGUGUCACCAUCUUCCACCGCAUUAUAACUGGCUUCAUGGUGCAGGUGCGACCUGGUGCAGGUGCAACCUGGUGCAGGUGCGACCUGGUGCAGGUGACAUCUGGUGCAGGUGAGAUCUGGUGCAGGUGCGACUUGGUGCAGGUGAGACCUGGUGUAGGUGAGAUCUUGUGCCUUUGCAAGCUCUUACCUCUUUUAUCCCCUCUCCACCCAUGCUCUCCUCUCCUCCCACACCACAGGGGAGGUGACCCAACCGGAUCCGGGACAGGGGGCGAGUCGAUCUACGGGGAGCCGUUCAAGGACGAGUUUCACUCGCGCCUGCGCUUCUCCCACCGUGGCCUCGUGGCGUGCGCCAAUGCGGGCGCGCCCCACAGCAACGGCAGCCAGUGGUUCUUCACUCUGGAUCGCUGUGACUGGCUGGACAAGAAACAUACCAUUUUUGGCAAGAUUACAGGAGACACCAUUUUCAAUGCGGUGCGACUGGGGGAGGUGGAUACUGACGACAAUGACAGGCCGUUCGAGCCCCCGUCGAUAAUUAGCGUGGAGGUCAUUUGGAACCCCUUCGAAGACAUUGUCUCCAGGACACUCCCUGCAAGACAGCAGCAAGAAACCGUGGUGAAGAAGAGAGGCAGAGACAAGGACAAGCGGAGGCAGCAGCAAUCUCAGAUCAAGGGAACCAAGCAGUUGAAUCUCCUGUCGUUUGGAGAGGAGGCGGAGGAGGAGGAGGCUCAACUGGAGGAAGCGAAUCUAAGAAUGAGGAGCAGUCACGAUGUUCUCAAGGAUCCUCGCCUGCUGGCUGAGGACGGGGGAAGGAGGGAGGAGGGGCAACUAGAGGAAGGGGAUGUGACAAUGAGUAGCAGUCAUGAUGUUCUCAAGGACCCACGGCUGCUGGCUGUGAAUGAAACAGCGGAGGCAGUUCAGCAAAAGCUGGCCGGACGGGGAGGGGACGUAGAGGGGGAAGAGGAAGACGAGGAGAAUGGGCGACGAGAAGGGGGGAGAGAAAGGGAGACGGGAGGGGAUAGAGAAAGGGAGAUUCUUGUUAGAGGGAGAGACAAUGGCAGACAAGGGGAGGGUGCUGAUGGUGAGGGUGGGAGCAGGAGAGGCAGGAAGGGGGAAGAGACGGUUGGAAAGAGGGGGAAUAAGGGCGGUUCCAUUGGUCCUGAGGAAGUAAGGGGAAGGGAGAGAGGAGGCAGGGAGGAGAGCGGAGACGAGGGAGAGGGGGAAGGUGACGGGGAGGAAGCGAGUUUUGAUGAGCUGAUGAGGAGAAGGGUGUUGGAGAAACAACGACGGUUUGGGAAGCAUGGGGGUGCGAGUGAGGAGGGCCGGAGAGGGGAGAAAGCAGGGAGAGGAGGAGUGGGAGAGGGAGGGGAGAGGGAGGGGAAAGGUGCAACGAGAAUCCACGAUGGGUUUGGCACAGGGGAGCAGGCAAAGGGGGGAAGCGCAAAGGAGGAACGAACAAAAGAGGAGGAUGAUGAUGAGGAUGGAAGUGGUGACAGUGAUGGUAGUGAUGGGAGUGAUGAGGAGGAAGGGGGGAGAGGAGGGAAUGGGAGGGUGAGGGUAGAGAAGCUGCGAUUGAGGAAGGGGGGGUUGCUGGGGGCGGAGGAGGAGAGGCGGCAGCAGAUGAGGCAGAGGAAACGAGCUCUGGGGUCAAGACAAGAAAAGGUGAGAGAGAUUGCCGAAGGGAAAAGGCUGAAGGGUCUGUGUGAGACAGUGGGAGGGGGGUUGCUGGGGGAGGAGGAGGAGAGGUGGCAGCAACUGAGGCAGAGGAAACGAGCUCUGGGAUCGAGGCAAGAGAAGAAUCAUUGGUCAUACCGGUUCCUCUUCAUCGUCCCUCCCUUGUCCCUCCCUUGUCCCUCCCUUGUCCCUCCCUUGUCCCUCCCUUGUCCCUCCCUUGUCCCUCCCUUGUCCCUCCCUUGUCCCUCCCUUGUCCCUCCCUUGUCCCUCCCUUGUCCCUCCCUUGUCCCUCCCUUGUCCCUCCCCCAGACUCUUGAGCUUCUGAACCGCUUCAAAUCAAAGCUAGCAGCUUCCAAGACAGUGCAGCCGAGAGAAACACGCACAGACGAAGGCAAGGAGGAGGGUGCAGAUGAGGGGAGAGCGGACAGGAGAGAUAGGGAGAGGGAAGGAGAGAGGGGCAGGGUGGGGAGCAGCAGCAAGGAGGUCAGCAGAAAGCGAGGGUUGGUUGGUUCAGAGGGGAAGGAGCAGGGAACAGGGGCGUAUGGGCCGGGGGGGAAGGCGAGGCAGGAUGUGGGAGGAGAGGGAGAGGAGGAGGAUGAGGAGGGUGGGGGAGUGGAUUGGAUGGCUCACCGGUUGAAGUUUGAAGUGAAGAGGAACAAGAGGGACGAGAUGCUGCGCAAUGACGACCCGGAUCAGUACGCGGUGCACGAUCCACUGCUGGAGAAGGGCAAGGAGAAGUUCAACAAGAUGCAGGCCAAGAUGAAGAAGAGAAACAGAGAGUGGGCUGGCCGGUCGUUAGACUAG